CUCGAAUAUGUGAAGUACAGCCUUUAGUUCCUGUAUCUGUAUUUCUAGACGGGGGCGUUUGUCGGCAACACACACGGGGAACCUGUGUGCAAUUGAGAUGGCGGUCGGAACAGCGAGCACAAGGAACGAAUAAAUAUUACCCUGUCUAAACAUAAACUGUGGAACUUGUAGCGCCUUCGCAGUUACCCUAAACUACAACCCGCAACGUAGCAUAGCGCUAUGGAGAAACCGACAGUUGCACUUGUGUAUCAAGCUGUGCAGGCUCUUUAUCAUGAUCCGGACCCCGCCGGUAAAGAGCGAGCCUCGGUGUGGCUGGGGGAGCUACAGAGAUCGGUAAGUGAACUCGAGAGAUGGGGGGGGACUUGGAAUGGGCCUAGAACUAGACAUGGCUAGGCAGGUCGUGUGAGGCCGAAAACAAAACAUUGCAUCAGAAUGCGUAAUACCAUGGUGAUAUAAAAACAUGUAUUUGUGUAUGCUAAACCAACAACGAAUGAAUGAGCAUAUAAUCACACGCUAGCUAACAACACACUCUGCAUAGUAUUAGUUAGUUAGCUAUCUACCAAACUAGAUUGACUAAGCUAACUAACUAGUUAGCAUUAGCAACACCGUUCCAUUUUUCUACUAGCCUGCUAGUAACUGUCAAGUGGAAACGGGGUUAAAUCUAUGGGGAUUUCUAGGUGCAACGAAGAUAAUAAAGGCAAACAUUCGCUAGCUUUCUCUCGCGUGUAGUCAUCAUAAACAAUCCAUGGUGUUUGAAAUGCUAGCUAGUUAGCCACACAUAGCAGAUAACUAGUUAACAACAAUGUAUUGCUAGCUAGUUGUUUAGUUAGCUACUGUAGUUAGCUACUGUAGUUGGCUAGCUACUGUAGUUGGCUAGGGACGGUUAUCUUUACAUAAUUAGUAGCUCGUGCUAAUGACAGUAACGUUAGCCGGCCAUAGCACAGGAAGAGCGCGAGGCGAGGGUGGCUACCUAGCUAGCGUCCAAUACUUGCUAGCAAAGUAUUGGACGUGAUGUCUUGCUAGAAAACGUUAGCUAGCGAGAUAACGAUAUUGCCAGGGAUGCUUUUGCUUUGAGGUAGUUAACGAACGUUAACUUGGCAAGCUACACUAACAACUUCCAUUUAUGUUGAUAAUGUGUAAAUGGUAUGUGCCACUUAAAGUUGUUUGCUGUUGGUUAGGGUUAAUGUUAGCCGUUUUAUUAUUUCCGCAUUUGUUUGUUUUUUCCUCCGGUGGUCCUGCAUCGGUCUGGUUUCCGCAUAUUCAUUGGUUACUACUUCCUUAACUCCUGCAGGAAAUGCAAUCAUUGUCUGUCAUCGGACAAUCAAUGAUUGAAAUACGGCACACCUACAUGUUGCUGCUACGUAUUCCUACCAACUUUAACUUAUUUUUGUGAUAAUUUCUAUAAUAGAUGGCCCGCAGGUUGCAUUGAGAGACACAGCCUUAGGGUAACUGGAUUCAAAACCGCUAUUUCUCCCCACUAUCAUGCAAUUCCCACAGAAAGGCCUCACAAAGCCAUGUAUUGAUUCCCUAAGAAAAAAUGCAAUGUCGCAUAACGUUUUAAAACACGUUAGACUGUGACACCAGCAACUUCCUAAAUUUGCUGGCACUUGGGGAUCUGAACGGUCUAAUUUGGGAGAGCAGGAGCCAUCUGAGUGAUGAACGCAGUGUGUGCUCUGUGCUGUCAGCAGCUUUUUCACCCAGGCUGCCAGGACAUACUGGACACUGAUGGACAAAUGGGGGAGGGGCUUGGCUGUUUCAAUUUGCAAUAUAAAUUCUCAUACACACUUUACCAGGUUUUACUUUACAGUCCUUAUACCAUACUCCAGAAUAUCUAACAGCUGACCAACUGUUGGUUAAGGCAACAAGCCCUCUAUCAAGGCAGCUAGCUACAGACACCUGAUGGUGUUGCAUAGGAAGGAUAUCAGAUUUGGCCUACUGUAUUUGUAAAUAGGCCUACUCCCUUUGGGUCUUUGCGUGUAUAGGGUGGUUUUGAAAUCAUUUGAGUGGGUUGGGACGCAGACCUGAGAAUGUAAGCAUAGUGAUCCAUUUACUAGGGAUGAAGGGCAUUUCAAAAAAUGUUGACUGUUGGAGUACUCACAUAAUUUUUUCCCCAUAGACCUCGAAUAGGAAAAAAUAAUUAUAUAUAUAUUUAAAAUACACAAAAAAAUAUGUUCACAUUUUUCUGUAGGCCUAUUCCAACAGUGCGCAACAAUGCCUAAUUUAUCAUAACCAUACAGAUAACAAAUCCUAAUUGCUAAAUUGCCCCAUAUAUAUUCAGUCAAUUUAAAAGCAAGGUAAGUUAUUGAAGCCUUAAUAUCAACUGAUUAUAUUAUAUUGUGGAACACAAUCUUCAAAAAGACAGUAACCUCAGCAGUGGCGCGUGCUUGUAGAAGCCUAUGGUUGUGCAAUGGCAUAGCCUUGCUUUGUUAAUUUAGCAGACAAGACACUUAUUUCCCGAGCCCUUAUCACAGUCAAGACACCUAUUUUAUAGUAAAAAAAUAUAUAUAACAGAAUAAAAUAUAACCCAAUGAUUAUCCAAAUGGAAAAAAGUUGGCAGUGCGACUAAGUGAUGCGUAUCUCAAGUCUGGAACGGUUAUUCUCAGUGAUAAUUUGAAACAGGGCUCAAUUUGGCGAGUUGAAAUACCAUUUUUUCCCCAGGGUUACAAACCAAAAUCCGUCUUUUCAAUAUACAGACGUUCGAUUUAGUUUAUUCUGCCUGUUCUUUGGAAUUUUCUAAAUGGAUUAAAAAUUCCACAUUGAACACUGCAUGGUGUUGAAUUACGGCCAUGACAUCUGUUUUGUGAGUAGGCCUAUGCUUAAUUAUUCUAAUGAAAAUAUGCUCUGUCUUUAUCAAACCAAUACGUUUGUGUAUUUUCAGUGUGGAACCUGUCUGUUUAGGGGGUUAUAGCCUAGGCUAAUGGAGUGGAUGAACAUGCACAGGUAGCCAACUUUUUGAAGUAAUUUUUUUGACAAUCGGAUGAAAACAUCAUGACUGAUUAGGCCCAUCAUUUAGUUAUUUUUAGGGGCCUAAUAGUAAAGACAUGCCAUUUUAACGCAAUAAAUGUAUUACCCUUUAAUGUGGCAUGAAUCUGAUUGUCAAACAAAUCACUUCAAAAAGUAGGCUACCUGUGCAUGUUUGUCCACUCCAAAAUAAUUCCAUCUAAAACAGUGCACUGUGAGACCAUUUGAUAUAUGGAAAGAGACAUCUGUUACAAAACACCAAAAAGUGUGAUUGUCAUUUGGUGUACAUUCUUGUAUCCUGAAUCAAUUGAUGCGUCUCGCUGACAAAGGGACCUUUUUUGUAGAAAGAAAUGUCGGGACACCUGAAAAGGGGCUGAUAUACUGGACUGUCCCGGGAUGACAAGUGAAGCAACAUGGGGGGGGGGGGGGGGGGGGGAUUGUUUAAAACCAUGACAUGUAGCAGUUUUUUUUUUUUGGGUUUAAUUUGGAAUAAGCUUUCAUUUUCAUAUUUACCACUGUAGCAGUUACACAUUAAUUUUAACAACUGGGAAAAUUGUUAAAUUAGCAUUAUUAGAAUUUGACUUUUGCUGCAUUUUGGGGGGCUCAUCUCUCAUUCAGGGUGGUUGCGCGCCCCCCCCUCCCCAAGCUGGUAAUUCUGACAAUGUUUUCAAACCACAAGCAAAAACAACACACGGCUACGCCUUCUUAUCCUCAUUCAUAUAACUAACAAAAAGAGUAUACAAAAAGGAAUGAGUCCUACAAGCAGCAAUGUGCCUCCUUUCCAUCCUGUUUGGUCAGUUGAUUGUUCCUAGGGAUCCUUUACAGACCAUUUAGGUGUAUAGGCCUAUGUGUGUAAAAUUACCGGAUUUACCAGUAUCCCUGUUUUUCACGUCCCUUGUUCCGGUAACCUUCCUGUCUGAAUAAAGUUAAUGGUGGCGCUAACUGUUCUCCCCCUGUCCCCACAGAUGUACGCGUGGGAGAUGGCAGACCAGCUCCUCCAGCUGAAACAGGACGUGGAGUCUUGUUACUUUGCCGCCCAGACCAUGAAGAUGAAGAUCCAGACUUCGUUCUUUGAGCUCCCCCCAGAGACCCACAUCGCCCUCCGAGACUCCCUGCUCUCACACAUACAGAGCCUCAAAGACCUCUCCCCCAUCAUCGUCACCCAGGUAAUGGCCUCCCCGCCCAUUGAUGUAACCUAGGGUAACGCCCCUCCCAUCCAAUUAUUGUCCAUCAGGUGUCAGUCUCUUUGUCACAGUGACCACUGAAACUCCAAGAACGACUUGGAUUUCUGUCUGUAGCCUUUAUGCUCCUAGAAUGCACUCUAGGAAUGUCCCACUGCCCAUCUAAAUGUCCCAUAGGCUUAGCAAUGCACAUGGCACAGUAGCAACUCUAGCAUUUACCCCAAUGUACCACUACCACUACAGAGGAGUAGCUGUGGUACAAUUUAACAAGUACAAUAUUACGUGGCAUUAAGAUACUCUAAUCCUUACAAGUUCUUCCUGGUUUCUUGUCUCAUUUCUUUCCUCCCUCUCUCAGCUCGCUCUGGCCAUUGCAGACCUCGCCCUACAGAUGGCCUCCUGGAAGGGCUGUGUCCACACCCUCAUUGAAAAGUAAGGCCCCUCCCAUUACCACUCAACCAUCCAUCUCGGAUCACACCUGUGGAUAACAAAUGCAAGAGUUACAUGAUAUUAGACCGUUGUAGGUGGUUCUAUAAAGUCGAAUGCCAUUGCGUUGGUAUGUUUGAGGUGACAUUAAAGCUUCAAAUACAUCUCCUUCAUGCUAAUUUUCUCAUAACUGCCUGCUGCCAUCUCUCUCCUCCACUCUCCUUGCCUCUCUCCCUGACUCCUCUCUCUCUCUCUCUCGCUCUCGCUCUCUCUCAGGUAUAGCAAUGACGUCAGCUCCAUGAUGUUUCUGAUAGAGAUCCUUACAGUGCUCCCCGAGGAGGUCCACAGCCGCUCCCUUCGCAUCGGAGCCAAUCGCAGGACAGAGAUUAUCGAGGACCUGGCCUAUUACUCCAGUACUGUGGUCACUCUACUGGUGAGAUUUGUCUCUCUCUGGCCGACACACACACUAUCCAUUCAUCUUUCUCUCGCCAACACUCUCACAGACUAGCCUAUUUUACCCACCUGAUUAAGCUGGUCUAAACUAGAGCACCCGCCACCACUCCCCCUUACUGGAUAAGCAGACCUCCCAUGGGUUCAUCCUCUCAUUAUAAAACUCUGGGGUGUACAUCCUCAUUAUCACACAGCUAUUCAACUACUACCACUACCUUAGAGGGACAAACCAAACCACUCACUUUGUAGUAUAUUUUUCUCUGCAGAAUGUCCAAGUUUGACUGUAGAUGUUUUUGAGGAUUAAGCAUGAGAAUGUAGGAGUUGUCCUCCCAAAACCAACAGAAAAUAGAUUAGCUAUACUGUUUGUGUUGAGGGUUACCUCAACCUACAAUCAACAAUUUGCCUUGAAUCAAUAUUGAUAACACCUGUCGUGACUCCUGUUGUUUCGUUGGGUGAACUUCCUCGUGCAUUUGGCUUCAGACACAGCAUUGGGGUUUUGAUAAGGGUCAGUGUUGUUGAUAGCGCGUGUGUGUUGUCUCUCUGUCUCCAGGUGACGUGUGUGGAGAAGUCUGGCAGCAAUGAGAAGAUGCUGAUCAAGGUGUUCCGCUGUCUGGGCAGCUGGUUCAACCUGGGAGUCCUGGACAGCAACUUUAUGGCCAACAACCAGCUCCUCAUGGUCCUUUUCCAAGUGCUGGUAUGCCUCUGUCUGUCUCUCUUUCUCUUGCUCUCUCAUCUAAUUUUGGAAGCACAAAUAAACAGUGCUAGUGACAAACAUCCCCAAAAAGACUAACAACUUUUAGAAUACUCCCAAAGUCUCUCAAUAUUAUAGCAGAAUUCGUUCCAAACCCUUAUUUGUGCAACAACCAUGGGGGGGGGGGGGGGGGGGGGCAGGGCGGCAGGGCAAUAAUUUAUGCAGUUUAGAAUGCUAAUCGCUUGUAUACAUAAUGCAUGAGUUUCAGCCAUGGAACAUCUCUUUGACAUACUGUUCUUUUUUGUCUCUGUUUGGCAGCAGAGAGACGAGACGUCCACUAACCUUCACGAGGCUGCGUCCGACUGCGUGUGUUCAGCGUUGUAUGCCAUCGAGAACGUGGACACACACAUGUCCCUGGCCCUGCAGCUCUUCCAGGGCGUCCUCACGCUGGAGACGGCCUACCACAUGGCUGUGGCACGGGAGGACCUCGACAAGUACGAACACACACACGCCUACUCCCCUUUUCAUACAUACACCAAGAUCACCUAUCCAGUCACCGCAUCACCACACCCCUUCUCCCACUCCUUCCUGCCCCAAACCUAUCCUUCCUCUCCAUUGCUCAUGAUGUUGAACUCUUCUGACUCUUCUCCACACUGUCCUCUGUGUGGAAGAAAAUAAUACCUUUUAUCCUCAACUCUCUCCUUCUCCCUUGUUCUGUCAGAGUGUUGAAUUACUGUAGGAUCUUCACUGAGUUGUGUGAAACGUUUCUGGAGACCACAGUCAGGAGUCCAGGCCAGGGCAUGGGAGACCUGCGGACGCUUGAGCUACUGCUCAUCUGUGCAGGACACCCCCAAUAUGAGGUACACAACAUAUGAUAGACACUCAGACACACACACACUGUCGCUUUGGGUGGAUUUCAAGUGUGUGUGUUCUCUUCUGGUGCAUCUCAGGUUGUGGAGAUCUCCUUUAACUUCUGGUAUCGUCUGGGAGAGCACUUGUAUAAGACCAACGACCCUGCCCUCCACGGCAUCUUCAGACCCUACAUCCAGAGACUGCUGCACGGCCUGGCCCGCCACUGCCAACUAGACCCUGACCACGUAAGGACCACCCACCACAUGACAAGGAGUCCUUAACCAACUCCAAUGAUGCCAACCAUACUCCCAAUACUCUUACAGUGAGGGAAAAAAGUAUUUGAUCCCCUGUUGAUUUUGUACGUUUGCCCACUGACAAAGAAAUGAUCAGUCUAUAAUUUUAAUGGUAGGUUUAUUUGAACAGUGAGAGACAGAAUAACAACAAAAAAAUCCAGAAAAACGCAUGUCAAAAAUGUUAUAAAUUUAUUUGCAUUUUAAUGUAGUAUUUGACCCCUCUGCAAAACAUGACUUAGUACUUGGUGGCAAAACCCUUGUUGGCAAUCACAGAGGUCAGACGUUUCUUGUAGUUGGCCACCAGGUUUGAACACAUCUCAGGAGGGAUUCUGUUCCACUCCUCUUUGCAGAUCUUCUCCAAGUCAUUAAGGUUCCGAGCCUGACGUUUGGCAACUCGAACCUUCAGCUCCCUCCACAGAUUUUCUAUGGGAUUAAGGUCUGGAGACUGGCUAGGCCACUCCAGGACCUUAAUGUGCUUCUUCUUUUGCCACUCCUUUGUUGCCUUGGCCGUGUGUUUUGGGUCAUUGUCAUGCUGGAAUACCCAUCCACGACCCAUUUUCAAUGCCCUGGCUGAGGGAAGGAGGUUCUCACCCAAGAUUUGACGGUACAUGGCCCCGUCCAUCGUCCCUUUGAUGCGGUGAAGUUGUCCUGUCCCCUUAGCAGAAAAACACCCCCAAAGCAUAAUGUUUCAACCUCCAUGUUUGAUGGUCAUUAAGUCUCCCGAGUGGCGCAGUGGUCUAAGGCACUGCAUCGCAGUGCUAGCUGUGCCACUAGAGAUCCUGGUUCGAAUCCAGGCUCUGUCGUAGCCGGCCAUGACCGGGAGACCCAUGGGGCGGCGCACAAUUGGCCCAGCGUCGUCCAGGGUAGGGGAGGGAAUGGCCGGCAGGGAUGUAGCUCAGUUGGUAGAGCAUGGCGUUUGCAACGCCAGGGUUGUGGGUUCAAUUCCCACGGGGGGCCAGUAUGAAAAAUAUAAUGUAUGCACUCACUAACUGUAAGUCGCUCUGGAUAAGAGCGUCUGCUAAAUGACUAAAAUGUAAAUGUAAAUGAUGGUGUUCUUGGGGUCAUAGGCAGCAUUCCUCCUCCUCCAAACACGGCGAGUUGAGUUGAUGCCAAAGAGCUCGAUUUUGGUCUCAUCUGACCACAACACUUUCACCCAGUUCUCCUCUGAAUCAUUCAGAUGUUCAUUGGCAAACUUCAGACGGCCCUGUAUAUGUGCUUUCUUGAGCAGGGGGACCUUGCGGGCGCUGCAGGAUUUCAGUCCUUCACGGCGUAGUGUGUUACCAAUUGUUUUCUUGGUGACUGGUCCCAGCUGCCUUGAGAUCAUUGACAAGAUUCUCCCGUGUAGUUCUGGGCUGAUUCCUCACCGUUCUCAUGAUCAUUGCAACUCCACGAGGUGAGAUCUUGCAUGGAGCCCCAUGCAGAGAAAGAUUGACACUUAUUUUGUGUUUCUUCCAUUUGCGAAUAAUCGCACCAACUGUUGUCACCUUCUCACCAAGCUGCUUGGCGAUGGUCUUGUAGCCCAUUCCAGCCUUGUGUAGGUCUACAAUCUUGUCCCUGACAUCCUUGGAGAGCUCUUUGGUCUUGGCCAUGGUGGAGAGUUUGGAAUCUGAUUGAUUGAUUGCUUCUGUGGACAGGUCUUUUAUACAGGUAACAAGAUGAGAUUAGGAGCACUCCCUUUAAGAAUGUACUCCUAAUCUCAGCUCAUUACCUGUAUAAAAGACACCUGGGAGACAGAAAUCUUUCUGAUUGAGAGGGGGUCAAAUACUUAUUUCCCUCAUUAAAAUGCAAAUCAAUUUAUAACAUUUUUGACAUGCGUUUUUCUGGAUUUUGUUGUUGUUAUUCUGUCUCUCACUGUUCAAAUAAACCUAAUAUUAAAAUUAUAGACUGAUCAUUUCUUUGUCAGUGGGCAAACAUACAAAAUCAGCAGGGGAUCAAAUACUUUUUUCCCUCACUGUAUGUCAUAUCUGAUUGUAGAAUCCCUUAACCAUGUGCACAUAUUACCAAGUAGUUCAGUACAUGUAGCUCAGUUGGUAGAGCAUGGCGCUUGCAACGCCAGGGUUGUGGGUUCAAUUCCCAUUGGGGGCCAGUGUGAAAAAUGUAUGCACUCACUAACUGUAAGUCGCUCUGGAUAAGAGCGUCUGCUAAAUGACUAAAUGGAAUUGUACAUCAUUUAGCUUUGGCACUACUAUAUCAUUCACUCACGGUCUCAUCUUUUGUGUUGAUCCACAGGAGGGCAUCCCAGAAGAUACAGAUGACUUUGGGGAGUUCAGGAUGAGGGUGUCUGAUCUUGUGAAGGAUGUAAUUUUCCUUGUGGGCUCCAUGGAAUGUUUCUCCCAGGUAGCUACCUUCACCAAAUGCAAAUUCAAAUGAUGUCAUUAAGAUGACAAACUAUACCGACUGCCUUCUCUUUUUUUUUUCUCGCUCUCUCAGUUGUACUCCACUCUAAAAGAAGGGAACCCUCCCUGGGAGGUGACUGAGGCUGUUCUCUUCAUCAUGGCCGCCAUCGCCAAGAGUGUAGACCCGUGAGUGUCCUCUAUUCAUUUUAUUAAUGAGAAAUAAUGUGCAAUGACUAAAUCCCUUCCUCACCGUGUAGAAUGUGUACAACUACUUGUAGAUUUGUAUAUCCUCCCACCGGGGUGUUUGUGUGUAACAUGUUAAUGCUUUCCCAGUGAGAACAACCCCACCCUGACGGAGGUGUUGGAGCAGGUGGUGCUGCUGCCAGAGACGGUCCAUAUCGCCGUGCGCUACACCAGCAUUGAGCUGGUGGGGGAGAUGAGCGAGGUUGUUGACCGCAACCCGCGGUUCCUCGGUAGGUUCAGUGGUCACGUUACGGUCAAUAGCUUAGCUUGGGAACUGAGUGAUUGAGUUCCUCAAUUUAGAGGUUCAUCUUCAUCUGUGCGUUUUGAGCACAUCUCUAUUUCCUUGUAGUUAUUUUUCAAUUUCUUGUUCCUUCCUGUGUCAAAUGCCCGCGUCACUCUGUUUUGUUACGUCCCUGCUGCGUUAUGAAUGUGUGUCUCUGUGCAUAUGUCUCGCUGUGUCUCUGUUGGCUGUAUACUUUGGUUGUGUGUAUGACCUUAGCCCCGCUCUAUGUCGCAGACCCCGUGCUGAACUACCUGAUGAAGGGCCUGAGGGAGAAGACCCUGGCUUCCGUGGCGGCCAAGGCCAUCCAUAACAUCUGCUCUGUGUGUCGGGACCACAUGGCCCAGCACUUCCAGGGCCUGCUGGACAUCGCCCGUGCCCUCGACUCCUUCGCCCUGACCACCGAAGCCGCCGUAGGCCUCCUCAAAGGUAACUUAAUGCCACCCUUAAGUAUUUUUAUGGGGUAGGUCAGCUUUAAUGUUACAGAUAGAUUGUGGCUUCUAUCAUUGUAAUUGUCUGCAUCAUUUUCAAUCCCCCAUAUUUUUUUUGUGUAUCUAUAUUAUUUUCCCCUAACCCUACCACCCCUCCCGUAAUUGGAGUAAACUAAUGGACAACCAUACUUAGGCUUCUACUUCCAGCUUAUACCUACUAUAUACAUUUUACGGACACAAUAUAUUUUACAUUGCUUAUCUUUUGUUUUGUUUUUAGUCCCAUCCAUCAGUUACCCUCAACCCCUCCCAUCUAUCUCUUGAAGACCAUCCAGUUUUUAUUUCUAGCUACCAUAUAUUUUUCUGCUGUGAUGUUUCACAAAAUUUCUGAACCUUUCUAUUCUUAUAGUUUCUACAGAUUCUAAAUUAAAGAUGAACACCUUUGCUAAGAGUAUUAUUAUAUUAUUGAUCGAUUGACUAAGACUUUUCAAAUCGCCCAGCAGUGCUAUUUGCAGAGUUGGCUUCAGGUAAAUGUUGGAAUUUUUCAACCAUUCCUGAACCUGCGACCAAAAACAAGCUACACAUGGGCAGUACCAAAACAAGUGAUCUAAUGAUUCUGUUUCUUCACAGCAAAAUCUGCAGAGCUGGGAUGGUUGUCUCCUCUCUCGUAUACAGUUGAAGUCAGAAGUUUACAUACACCUUGGCCAAAUACAUUUAAACUCAGUUUUUCACAAUUCCUGACAUUUAAUCCUAGUAAAAAUGUCCUGUCUUAGGUCAGUUAGGAUCACCACUUUAUUUUAAGAAUGUGAAAUGUCAGAAUAAUAGUAGUUAUUUAUUUCAGCUUUUAUUUCUUUCAUCACAUUCCCAGUGGGUCAGAAGUUUACAUACACUCAAUUAGUAUUUGGUAGCAUUGCCUUUAAAUUGUUUAACUUGGGUCAAACGUUUCGGGUAGCCUUCCACAAGCUUCCCACAAUAAGUUGGGUGAAUUUUGGCCCAUUCCUCCUGACAGAGCUGGUGUAACUGAGUCAGGUUUGUAGGCCUCCUUGCUCGCACACACUUUUUCAGUUCUGCCCACACAUUUUCUAUAGGAUUGAGGUCAGGGCUUUGUGAUGGCAACUCCAAUACCUUGACUUUGUUGUCUUUAAGCCAUUUUGGCACAACUUUGGAAGUAUGCUUGUGGUCAUUGUCCAUUUGGAAGACCCAUUUGCGACCAAGCUUUAACUUCCUGACUGAUGUCUUGAGAUGUUGCUUCAAUAUAUCCACAUACUUUUCCUUCCUCAUGAUGGCAUCUAUUUGUGAAGUGCACCAGUCCCUCCUGCAGCAAAGCACCCCCACAGCAUGAUGCUGCCACCCCUGUGCUUCACGGUUGGGAUGGUGUUCUUCGGCUUGCAAGCUCCCCCCUUUUUCCUCCAAACAUAACGAUGGUCAUUAUGGCCAAACAGUUCUAUUUUUGUUUCAUCAGACCAGAGGACAUUUCUCCAAAAAGUACGAUCUUUCUCCCUAUGUGGUUGGAAACCGUAGUCUGGCUUUUUUAUGGGGGUUUUGGAGCAGUGGCUUCUUCCUUGCUGAGCGGCCUUUCAGGUUAUGUCGAUAUAGGACUCGUUUUACUGUGGAUAUAGAUACUUUUGUACCUGUUUCCUCCAGCAUCUUCACAAGGUCCUUUGCUGUUGUUCUGGGAUGGAUUUGCGCAUUUCGUACAAAAGUCUGUUCAUCUCUAGGAGACACAACAUGUCUCCUUCCUGUGCGGUAUGACUGCUGCGUGGUCCCAUGGUGUUUAUACUUGCGUACUAUUGUUUGUACAGAUGAACGUGGUACCUUCAGGCGUUUGGAAAUUGCUCCCAAGGAUGAACCAGACUUUAUUUUCUGAGGUCUUGGCUGAUAUCUUUUGAUUUCCCAUGAUGUCAAGCAAAGAGGCACUGAGUUUGAAGGUAGGCCUUGAAAUACAUCCACAGGUACACCUCCAAUUGACUCAAAUGAUGUCAAUUAGCCUAUCAGAAGCUUCUAAAGCCAUGACAUCAUUUUCUGGAAUUUUCCAAGCUGUUUAAAGGCACAGUCAACUUAGUGUAUGUAAACUUCUGACCCACUGGAAUUGUGAUACAGUGAAAUAAUCUGUCUGUAAACAAUUGUUUGAAAAAUUACUUGUGUCAUGCACAAAGUAGAUGUCCUAACCGACUUGCCAAAACUAUACUUUGUUAACAAGACAUUUGUGGAGUGGUUGAAAAAUGAGUUUUAAUGACUCCAACCUAAGUGUAUGUAAACUUCUGACUUCAACUCUGUAUGUGUGUGUAUAUAAUAUAUAUAUAUAUAUAUAUAUAUAUAUAUAUAUAUAUAUAUAUAUAUAUAUAUAUAUAUAUAUCAUUGUUUUCAAGAAUUGUGUAAUUUAAAUUUAAAUAUUAGAUGUUUUUAAUCCGGCAAAUCUCCCAACUAUUUUGCAACCUGUAUGGCGCAGCUGUACAUUUUUUGGGUCCAAUUUUGGUCUUUAAUGUAGGGCCGACAGACAAGUCCCGUGCCUUCUCCACCUUCCACUUGCCUCCUCCAUUUUUACAAUAGCUGCAAUCCGUUGGAUGUGAUUUUGGUUAGAGAAGACAUUUCGAUAUAUUUUUGUUAAUUUCAAGUGUGACAACUUCACCAGUCCUAGUUAUAUCAUUUAGAACGAUUAUACUGUUUUACAUUUUUUUUUCAAAAACAUUUUUUAAAAUCAAUUUAGUAUAUUUGAGUUUAACCAUAAUAUUUGUUGUAAUAUUUGUUCUGUCUUUUCUGUUGGAUGAAACUGAAAUUGCAACCAGCUUUCUAUGUCUUGUUUUAAAAAUAACCGAAAGUGAGAGGUUGUAAUCUGAAUGAAGAGAAAAAGGCCAUUCUAGGACACUGGGUGAGCCAUUCUUAGUAAUCUGCUAGAGAACCAGUUCGGAUAUAAUUAUAGUUUUUUGUAUGACUGAAGCCUUAAGUGAGAGGUCCAAUGCUUUAGUAAUUCCUGCCCUCCGAAUUCAUACUCAUUAUAUAAAUAGGCCCAUUCCAAAAACAGUGGAAUAAUAAAAAAUAAAAUAAAAGUUGUUGAGUGUAGGCAGGGCCAUAACUCAAUAGGAAAAGUGUGAUAUGACUAAAUAAUUAGACAGGUGUUGUCCUUUCCAUGGUAGCAAGAUCUUAUCUAAUUUGGGUGACUUUAUAUUAAAAUGUAUUGAAGUGAGAUCAUUUAUUUAUUUUGGAUAUGAAUACCAAGUAUUUCCACUUCACCGUCGGACCAUUGUAUUGGUAAACUACACAGUAAUGUAAAAGUUGUAUUUUUUGUGUGAUUUUAAUACGUAAUAUGGUGCACAUACAGUGGGGGGAAAAAAGUAUUUAGUCAGCCACCAAUUGUGCAAGUUCUCCCACUUAAAAAGAUGAGAGAGGCCUGUAAUUUUCAUCAUAGGUACACGUCAACUAUGACCGACAAAUUGAGAUUUUUUUUCUCCAGAAAAUCACAUUGUAGGAUUUUUAAUGAAUUUAUUAGCAAAUUAUGGUUGCUCUGUCACCAUGGUAACGCUGGUUGUUUUGCCCUGCAGGGACAGCCCUGGUCCUGGCUCGUUUGCCCCUGGAGAAGAUUGCUGAGUGUUUGAGUGACCUGUGUGCUGUGCAGGUCAUGGCCCUCAAAAAGGUGUUUUUUUUAUUCUGCCAUUUGUUUGUGUGGAAGUUUGGUUGUAGGUUAUGUGUGUAUGAGGUACCUCGGUAGAAGUGUGUAACCCACUACAAUAGUGUAACAGUUUUGUGGAUUGGGUAGUUGUAAGUCGCUCUGGAUAAGAGCGUCUGCUAAAUGACUAAAAUGUAAAUGUAAAAUACCAACAGGUUUGCUUAUGUUUGUCUCCAAUUUUCAGCUUCUCUCUCAGGACCCCAGCAAUGGGAAAGCCGCUGACCCCACUGUCUGGCUGGACAGACUAGCAGUCAUCUUCCGGUAAACUCAACCCAUUUAUAAUACGUUAUACUGUAUAUACAUAUCCUGAUUGCACAGGUCAUUAACUGUUUUAUGUAACUAUACUGAUAUGAUGAUUUGGGCUGAUUGUUUAUUUUAAGCAGACAUUUUAAUCAUAAUGUUUCCCCCCCCCCCCCCCCCCCCCCCCCCAGACACACAAAUCCCAUCGUAGAAAAUGGACAGACACACCCAUGUCAGAAAGUCAUCCAGGAGGUAAAGCAACUGGCAGUCUACAUUUUUUAGCAAUUUUUUGUAUUUGGACAAGGCUACCAUUGCAUACAACCUGCUUUGUUCAAUCCAUUAAUUGGACUGCGUUUUAAUGGGACUCAAAUGAGACUAUUUUGGUGCUCAACUACCCUGAUUCUUCUCUCCCUUGCAGAUUUGAACUUCAACUUGAGGCCUUGAUUGCGUACAGUCAUUCCCACAGCUUCUCAUGCUAAACCUAUAUUGGGUGUUUUCUUGGUUCUCUGUAGAUCUGGCCGGUCCUAUCAGAGACUCUAAACACACACCAGGCUGAUAACCGCAUCGUGGAGCGCUGCUGUCGCUGCCUGCGGUUCGCUGUGCGCUGCGUGGGCAAGGGCUCUGCCUCUCUACUACAGCCACUAGUCACACAGGUGUGUGUCCCUGUGUUUGGGUCACGAUAAGCCCCAUAUACAGAUAGAUAAAUCUUGGUUGGAGUCUGUUAUAUGUGUAUACAAAUUCCAUCGCCACCAGGUGCUUGUUGAGCCCAUGGCAGCUGGUGACUGAUGGCAAAGUUAGGCUAAAUGUGUAAAGUAUAGGGUUGUAAAAUUCCAGCAACUUUUCUAAACUCCUGGGUUGAAGGAUUCCCUGGUUUCCUGAUUAUACCCUCCUGAAUCUAGAUUAUUGGGAAUUUGUGGAAAUUUACUGGAAUUUUGCAACCCUAGUACAGGUCUUUAACAGAAUGUGUGUAUUGUUUCAGAUGGUCAGCAGGACUCGACAUUAACCUUGUCUGCUUGCCCAUGGCAAGUAAAAAAAUUAAUAAUAUUGUUGGACAAGCAGAUAACAGAUUCAAGUUGUCCGAAUGGACAAGUAAAAAAAAUUAAGCCAAAAUCGCAAUAUCAAACAAUUAGGUUACUCCGAUCAUAGUUGGAUCAGUUUCCUCCGGAUGCGAUGUUUUGCUCACUGUCCACCCAAUCUCUGCAGAGCGCAUCGGAGUACAGUAUAAUUAUUGUAGGCCUGCAUUUACAGGCAAAGCGGUCUUUCAAUCAUGCAGUCGCGAGAUGCGUUUUUGAGAUCAAAGCAAGCCCGCGUUUGCACAUUUGUUGAUAAUAAUUGCUAGUGAGUUAUUUGCCCGCUUAUAGCAAUUUUUUGGUCAGCAAUAAGAAUCCUGGAAAAGUCAUGGUGUGCAUCACGUGUGUGUGUGCCAGUGGGCGGUUGCCAGACGAGAGAGGGAGGGAGAGCGAGACUGAGAGACAUUUGAGCAUCAGGUAAAAAUAAUGAUAUGCAAAAGACUAACUAGAUAACCAGCCAAACUACACUAUGUUUAGAAUUUGAAUCUCGCUAGUUAACUAUUUAACUAUUGGCAUGAAUGAAAUGUCAUGUCCGACGUCCUAAAAUAACUUUCCACCGGCACUCAUGUAUAACCGCAAAUGGCCAACACGCAUUUGAUAUGGGUGCGCAGUUGAUGAAAUCAAUGCUGCAUACUCCGGUUGUAAAACCGUCUCUUAAGCGAUCAAAAUUGGCUAGGAUUCUCCUCUAUUCAAUACUGGCCAUGUAAUUCUGACAAAGUUAACAAAUAUUCUUAGCAUAGCCUAAUUGACAAGUAACUCAUGCUGUCAAGAUCUCCCCUGAACACUGAAUAUUUUAACAUUACAAAUAGAUAAACUUCUUAGUUGGCUACCUCGCCCACCAUAACCAUUUAAUCCCUGGUUCAUUGAAUGAGGGAAUUGUUUUAUAAAGACAUAAAGUAUUUGGUUGUAAUUGUAAUGUUGCAGGGUGGCCAACCCUUGUCCAGGAGAGCUACUGGGUGUGCAGGCUUUUGCUCCAGCCCUGCUCGAACACACCACAUUGCUCAACAGGACCUUGAUAAGCUGACUGGUGUGUGAGCAGGGUUGGCUAAAAAGCCUGCACACCCAGUAGUUCUCCAGAUGGAGGGUUGACGGACCACAUGUGUUUUAUACAGUAGCCUAUCAGUGCAGUAUUUUACUUUGUGGGGGGUUAAGUGCCUUGCUCAAGGCCACAACUGCAGGAGAUAUAAUACAUGAGAUCAGAGACCAGCAGCCUUCCAUUGUCAAUACCAGUGAUGAUGAUGAAUUUUAUUUUGUGAAGUGGUUCCUUGCAUCAUACAACACCAUUUUCAGUCACCUUUUUGGCUCAUGGUGUUUGAUCUUUUUUUUUUGUGUGGGUGGGGACGGGCGGACAAGUGACUUGAGCUUUCAGACAUGUAAAGAUUCAGUCCCAGAAGUUCAUGUUAAGCCCUGGUCAGUGUGUACCAGGUGUAAAGAUGUUGUGUUUCAGAUGGUCAGUGUGUAUCAGGUGUGAAGAUGUUAAAUGUGUGGUGUUUCAGAUGGUCAGUGUGUACCAGGUGUAUCCCCACUCCUGCUUCCUGUAUCUGGGCAGCAUCCUGGUGGAUGAGUACGGCAUGGAGGAAGGCUGCAGACAAGGUCUACUGGACAUGCUACAGGUAGGGGAAACACACACACCACUUUCAUAGGUACUCAUAGUUCACGAGAGUGGCAGUGGAACUCUGGUUGUUUGCGAUUGGUUUUGAACUGACUUUGUCCCUUCUCUCUCCCCGUAGGCUCUGUGUAUGCCCACCUUCCAGCUAUUGGAGCAGUCCAACGGUCUCCGUAACCACCCAGACACAGUAGACGACCUCUUCAGACUCGCCACCAGGUAUGAUCAACUGCAACACAGUUUAGACAGUUUCUCCUCUUCCUUUAAAUAAUAAGUUCACUUACUUUUAAGUGGCAAGAAUAAAAACUAACCAUUGCUGGGGACCUGACAGGCAUACUUGUUUUACAGCAUUCAGGUUAUUAAGAAGAGUAUCUCUCUCUGCUAUGACCUUCUCUCUCUUUCUUCCCGUCUCUCUCUCGCUGCUUCUCUCUGCAGGUUUGUCCAGCGUAGUCCCGUCACCCUGCUCAGCAGUGGCAUCAUCGUCCACAUCAUCCAGUGUGCCAUCGCGGCCACCACACUGGACCACCGGGACGCCAACUGCAGCGUCAUGAAAUUCGUCAGAGACCUCAUCCACACGGGCGUCAUCAACGACGUGAGUCACCCCCAACAAACAGUCAAUCUAAUGUUGGCUAUUAAAAUCAGAUCCAACAAUAAUAUCAAGGGAUUAGAAAUCCGGGGCUUAAAAACAAAGGUGUCAUUGUACGCUGAUGAUUCAUGUUUUCUUUUAAAUCCACAACUUGGAUCCCUCCACAGCCUCAGAGGAUCUAGAUAAUUUUUCUAACCUCUCUGGAUUACAACCAAAUUAUGAUAAGUGUACUAUAUGUAUUGGAUCACUAAAAAACACAACUUUUACAUUACAGUGUAAAAUAAAAAUGGUCUGAUGGUGAUGUGGGUAUACAUAUCCCAAAAUAAAUGAUCUCACUGCAAUACCUUUUUUUAUAGAAAGUUAGCAAAAAUAGAUAAGAUCUUGCUACCAUGGAAAGGUCUAUUUGUGGAAAAAUCACCGUGAUUAACUCUUUAGUAAUAUCCCAGUUUACCUAUUUGCUUAUGGUCUUGCCUACACCUAGCGAACUGUUUUAAAAAAAUUACAUGAGAAAAAGAUUACAUUUUAUUUGGAACGGCAAGCCAGACAAAAUUAAACGGGCCUAUUUAUAUAAUGAAUAUGAAUUCGGAGGACAUAAAUUAUUAAAUAUUAAAGCAUUAGACCUAUCACUAAAAGCUUCAGUCAUACACAAGUUAUACUUAAAUCCGAACUGGUUCUCUAGAAAAUUAGUAAGAUUGUCUCACCCAAGGUUCAAGAAUGUCCUUUUUCCCUUUAUUCAGAUUACAACCUCUCACUUUCAGUUAUUUGAAAAGGAAAUCAUCUCCCAAAUAUCGCUACUUUUAAACAAGCCAUAGAAAGUUGGUUGCAAUUUCAAUUUAAUCCUCCAGAAAGGAUAGAACAAAUAAUGCAACAAAUAUUGUGGUUAAACUCAAAUAUACUAAUUGAUAAAGAAACCCAUUAUUUUUUGAAAAAAGUUUAAAAAGAGGUUUAAUCUUCGUAAAUGAUAUCAUCGGUAGGACUGGUGGAGUUGUCGCACAUGCAGCUAACAAAAACAUAUGGAAAUGUCUGCUCUACCCAAAAUUACAACCAAAUACAUUUACAUUUUAGUCAUUUAGCAGACGCUCUUAUCCAGAGCGACUUACAGUUAGUGAAUAUAUAUAUAUAUAUAUAUAUAUAUAUAUAUAUAUAUAUAUAUAUAUAUAUAUAUAUAUAUAUAUAUAUAUAUAUAUAUAUAUAUAUAUAUACACACACACAGUGGGGAAAAAAAGUAUUUGGUCAGCCACCAAUUGUGCAAGUUCUCCCACUUAAAAAGAUGAGAGAGGCCUGUAAUUUUCAUCAUAGGUACACGUCAACUAUGACAGACAAAAUGAGAUUUUUUUUCCCAGAAAAUCACAUUGUAGGAUUUUUAAUGAAUUUAUUUGCAAAUUAUGGUGGAAAAUAAGUAUUUGGUCAAUAACAAAAGUUUUGUCAAUACUUUGUUAUAUACCCUUUGUUGGCAAUGACACAGGUCAAACGUUUUCUGUAAGUCUUCACAAGGUUUUCACACACUGUUGCUGGUAUUUUGGCCCAUUCCUCCAUGCAGAUCUCCUCUAGAGCAGUGAUGUUUUGGGGCUGUCGCUGGGCAACACGGACUUUCAACUCCCUCCAAAGAUUUUCUAUGGGGUUGAGAUCUGGAGACUGGCUAGGCCACUCCAGGACCUUGAAAUGCUUCUUACGAAGCCACUCCUUCGUUGCCCGGGCGGUGUGUUUGGGAUCAUUGUCAUGCUGAAAGACCCAGCCACGUUUCAUCUUCAAUGCCCUUGCUGAUGGAAGGAGGUUUUCACUCAAAAUCUCACGAUACCUGGCCCCAUUCAUUCUUUCCUUUACACGGAUCAGUCGUCCUGGUCCCUUUGCAGAAAAACAGCCCCAAAGCAUGAUGUUUCCACCCCCAUGCUUCACAGUAGGUAUGGUGUUCUUUGGAUGCAACUCAGCAUUCUUUGUCCUCCAAACACGACGAGUUGAGUUUUUACCAAAAAGUUAUAUUUUGGUUUCAUCUGACCAUAUGACAUUCUCCCAAUCCUCUUCUGGAUCAUCCAAAUGCACUCUAGCAAACUUCAGACGGGCCUGGACAUGUACUGGCUUAAGCAGGGGGACACGUCUGGCACUGCAGGAUUUGAGUCCCUGGCGGCGUAGUGUGUUACUGAUGGUAGGCUUUGUUACUUUGGUCCCAGCUCUCUGCAGGUCAUUCACUAGGUCCCCCCGUGUGGUUCUGGGAUUUUUGCUCACCGUUCUUGUGAUCAUUUUGACCCCACGGGGUGAGAUCUUGCGUGGAGCCCCAGAUCGAGGGAGAUUAUCAGUGGUCUUGUAUGUCUUCCAUUUCCUAAUAAUUGCUCCCACAGUUGAUUUCUUCAAACCAAGCUGCUUACCUAUUGCAGAUUCAGUCUUCCCAGCCUGGUGCAGGUCUACAAUUUUGUUUCUGGUGUCCUUUGACAGCUCUUUGGUCUUGGCCAUAGUGGAGUUUGGAGUGUGACUGUUUGAGGUUGUGGACAGGUGUCUUUUAUACUGAUAACAAGUUCAAACAGGUGCCAUUAAUACAGGUAACGAGUGGAGGACAGAGGAGCCUCUUAAAGAAGAAGUUACAGGUCUGUGAGAGCCAGAAAUCUUGCUUGUUUCUAGGUGACCAAAUACUUAUUUUCCACCAUAAUUUGCAAAUAAAUUCAUUAAAAAUCCUACAAUGUGAUUUUCUGGAUUUUUUUUUCUCAAUUUGUCUGUCAUAGUUGACUUGUACCUAUGAUGAAAAUUACAGGCCUCUCUCAUCUUUUUAAGUGGGAGAACUUGCACAAUUGGUGGCUGACUAAAUACUUUUUUCCCCCACUGUGUGUAUGUGUAUAUAUAUAUAUAUAUAUAUAUAUUUUAUUUUUUUUAUACUGGCCCCCCGUGGGAAUUGAACCCACAACCCUGGCGUUGCAAACACCAUGCUCUAUCAACUGAGCUACAUCCCUGCCGGCCAUUCCCUCCCCUACCCUGGACGACGCUGGGCCAAUUGUGCGCCGCCCGUGAGUCUCCCGGUCGCGGCCGGCUGCGACAGAGCCUGGAUUUGAACCAGGAUCUCUAGUGGCACAGUUAGCACUGCGAUGCAGUGCCUUAGACCACUGCGCCACUCAGGAGUACCAUUACAGCAUUACCGCAAAAAUCAAAGAGGAAUGUGGAAUGGGGAAAAAGUAAGGAACUUGUCUGUCGGCCCUGCAUUAAAGACCAUAAUUGGUUAAAGAAAAUUGUGAUAAAUGAAAAAGUAUAUCAGUUUCAUUUAAGGACCAAAAAAUUGACAGCCGUGCCAUAUAGAUUGCAAAAUAGUUGGGAAGAUAUUUUUUGCGCACCGAUUCCAUGGCACAUGGUUUAUGAACUGAUACGCAAAACGACGCCGGAUUCAAAUCUUAGAAUCUUUCAAUUUAAAUUAUUAUACAACAUUCUUGCAAUCAAUAUAAUUAUUUAUAUGGGGGAUACAACCUUCCCAGCUCUACAGAUUUUGCUGCAAGGAGACCGAAUCAUUAGAUCAUUUGUUUUGGUACUGUCCGUAUGUAGCUUGUUUUUGGUCACAGGUCCAGGAAUGGCUGAAGAAUUGGUAGGGUUAGAAAGUAAUAAUGGAAAAUAUAUAUUUUUUAAAAGGGUGUAUGUAUAUAUACUCUCUCGCUCGCUCUGGCAAAAGUUUUAGAACACCUACUCAUUGAAGGGUUUUUCUUUAUUUUUACUAUUUUCUACAUCGUAGAAUAAUAGUGAAGACAUCAAAACUAUGAAAUAACACUUAUGGAAUCAUGUAGUAACCAAAAAAAGGUUAAACAAAUCAAAAUGUAUUCUAUAUUUGACUAUGUACAAAUAUCCACCCUAUGCCUUGAUGACAGCUUUGCACACUCUUGGCAUUCUCUCAACUAGCUUCACCUGGAAUGCUUUUCCAACAGUCUUGAAGGAGUUCCCACAUAUACUGAGCACUUGUUGGCUGCAUUUCCUUCACUCUGUGGUCCAACUCAUCCCAAACCAUCUCAAUUUGGUUGAGGUCGGGGGAUUGUGGAGGCCAGGUCAUCUGAUGCAGCACUCCAUCACUCUCCUUCUUGGUAAAAUAGCCCUUACACAGCCUGGAGGUGUGUUGAGUCAUUGCCCUGUUGAAAAACAAAUAAUAAUAUGCCAUUUACCAGACGCUUUUAUCCAAAGCGACUUAGUCAUGUGUGCAUACAAAUGAUAGUCCCACUAAGCCCAAACCAGAUGGGAUGGCGUAUCGCUGCAGAAUGCUGUGGUAGCCAUGCUGGUUAAGUGUGCCUUGAAUUCUAAAUAAAUCACAGACCGUGUCACCAGCAAAGCACCCCCACACCAUAAAACCUACUCCAUGCUUUACAGUGGGAACUACACAUGCAGAGAUAAUCCGUUCACCCGCACCGCGUCGCACAAAGACGCGGCGGUUGCAUCCAAAGAUCUCCUAUUUGGACUCCAGACCAAAGGACACAUUUCCACCGGUCUAAUGUCCAUUGCUCAUGUUUCUUGGCCCAAGUAAGUCUUAUUAUUAUUAUUAGUGUCCUUUAGUAGUGGUUUCUUUGCAGCAAUUCGACCAUGAAGGCCUGAUUCACACAGUCCCCUUGAACAGUUGAUGUUGAGAUGUCUGUUACUUACAUUUUAGUCAUUUAGCAGACACUCUUAUCCAGAGUGACUUACAGUUAGAGUGCAUACAUUUUUCAUACUUGAACUCUGAAGCAUUUAUUUGGGCUGCAAUUUCUGAGGCUGGUAACUUGAUUGAACUUAUCCUCUGCAGCAGAGGUAACUCUGGGUCUUCCUUUCCUGUGGCGGUCCUCAUGAGAGCCAGUUUUGUCAUAGCGCUUGAUGGUUUUUGCGACUGCACUUGAAGAAACUUUCAAAGUUCUUGACAUUUUCCGCAUUGACUGACCUUCAUGUCUUAAAGUAAUGAUGGACUGUCGUUUCUCUUUACUUAUUUGAGCUGUUCUUUCCAUAAUAUGGGCUUGGUCUUGUACCAAAUAGGGCUAUCUUCUGUAUACCAACCCUACCUUGUCACAACACAACUGAUUGGCUAAAACACAUUAACUUUUUAAGAAGGCACACCUGAUAAUUGAAAUGCAUUCCAGUUGACAACCUCAUGAAGCUGGUUGAGAGAAUGCCAAGAAUGUGCAAAGCUGUCAUCAAGGCAAAUGGUGGCUACUUUGAAGAAUCUCAAAUAUAAAAUAUUUUCUGAUUUAUUGAACACAUUUAUUUGGUUACUACAUGAUUCCAUAUGUGUUAUUUCAUAGUUUUGAUGUCUUCACUAUUAUUCUACAAUGUAAAAAUUAAGAAAAACCCUUGAAUGAGUAGGUGUGUCCAAACUUUUGACUGGUACUGUAUAUUUGCAAAAAAUAUAUGGGAGAUUGGAAGUGAUGCAGACAAUUACAUUGAUGGAAGCUACAAUCUAUCUGCAAUAUUAAAGCUGAUCUACCCCCUAAAAAAAUAUAUAUAUAUUUCAACAGUCAAUGUUUGUCUCUGUUGCAGAAUCACUGAUCUACAAAUACAUUUGUAUCCCAAAUUAUUCCUUAUGUCAUCAAGACUAGCAAAUCUGUGCCUCACCUUGCUCAAACUGUUCCCCUCAAACAUGCGGAUUCACUCAGAUUGAUCUAUCAAAAGUCUCCUCUGAAUAACAAUUUAUCAGUCAGUCAGAUUGUCAUGUGUUUAUUUCCGUUGCAGCACGAGGAUGACUUUGAGCUGCGGAAGCAGCUAAUAGGCCAGGCCAUGGGGCAGCACGGGCAGCAGUUGGUCACCCAGCUCAUGCACACAUGCUGCUUCUGCCUGCCACCUUACACACUCCCCGACGUGGCUGAGGUGCUUUGGGAGAUCAUGGUGUUCGACAGGCCGGUGAGUCUCACACACACACACACACACACACACACUCUUAGCUCUUUCACUCCUGACAGUACUUAUACAUAUGCAGUUGAACAUGCACUGGUGUCUUCAACAGGUGCUUGCUGUCAUACCACAAUAUGACACUAAGAGAACAUCUUUCAACAGGGACCACAAUUCAUAUUCACACACACUUCCAAUGACAUGGGCAUGACAGGACUUUCAAUCAUGAGAUAAAAGUGUGUUGUAGUACUACGAUUGCAUUGCCUCCUGAUGUGCGUUUGAUGUUUAACGUUGCGGAUAUGUUUUCUAGACGUUCUGCCGCUGGCUGGAGAAUGCGCUGAAGGGGCUUCCUAAGGAGACGUCAGGCGGGGCGGUGACCGUCACAAACAAACAGCUCACAGAUUUCCACAAGCAAGUCACCAGGUGAGCAUAUCACAGCCACGCCCCUUCCAUGCUUCUCAAGUGUAAUCUGGUGCAUUCCUUCCUGCCAGAAAUGAUCUAACUAGCCACAUGUUGUCCUCAUAGGUUCAGGAGUUAUGUCAGGUGAAACUCUGCAUAGUAGAUGACUCCCUGUCUGCUGUUUUUCUACUAUAAAACAGCUAGCUGUUUAUGUUCUGACUCUGGGAAGAGCUCAUGUGUCACUGGGCAUGCUCAAACGAGCUGCUCCUGUGGCAUUGGAACGCUGGCAAACCGGAGUAGGGAAACCUCAUGGAUUCCCUGCCACAGGUUCAGGCUCGCCUAGAAGCGUCCCUUCCCUUUUCCAGCGAUCCACCCUCCCUCCCACGCAGUCUCUCUGAGGGAAUGGGAGCUUCAGACAGAAAUACUAUCUAGCUGUCAUCUGAGGGAGCACUUUGAGUUCACAGUAGGAGUCUUGAGACAAACCGCAGGCUAGACAUGGGUUAAUUUCAGUUCAGAUUAAUUUAAAGUGAACUUGAUUAAAUGGUGAUCCUGAAUGUGUUGAAUUACCUUUUUUUUAUUUUCCUAUUUCAUUUGAAAUCACCUUUACCAUGUAAAUGCACCACAUGAAUAACGUUGCCCUUUCUCGCUCCCCCUCUCUUCCUGCCACCCCCUCUUUCUCCGUCUGUCCAUCUCUCCAGUGCGGAGGAGUGUAAGCAGGUGUGCUGGGCCAUCCGGGAGUUCACCAGAUUGUUCCGAUAGCCACGCCCAAAGAGCUCUGCCAGAACACCAGGUAAGGCAUCAACACAGAAACACAAACAACCCCCCGCACUGGGAUCUGCAGACUCAUCUCGCCCCAUGUCUUUAGAUGGUUCCAAAAAAACAUCUGAUCGUAUAUAGGUUGGCAAGUGUCAGUAAGAUCUCCAUUGAUUUCUUAUUGUCCUUUCAUUGUUUUUAUUCCUCAGGUUAAAUAUUUUGGCGAACAUUCAGAGGUGACGGCAAAGAGGCUGAAGACCGCAGCAGAUGAGAAUCUAAAGGGAUCUCCUACUGGACAGAUGGGCGGGACUUGGCACUGUGGAAAGCCAAUCAGACGCAUCGCAAGGAUUGGAGUGACAGGGUGAACCCGUAAUCGAAACGCGCCUUCGACUUUGGCCGUGUGAGAAGAGAAGCCCCCCCCCCCCCCCCCCCCCUUCCGCUCCCUCUCGCUCACUGUCGCCACAGUAACAGGUGGCACGAGGGUUGAAAGGGGGUGGGGUGGGGGGGGUCAGGUCCGAGGAGGAACGAGAAUUCACCGACUCAAAGAAAUGGAAUGGGAUUAGUUCUGCGUCAGUUGGAUUUCUACAGGAUCCAUCUUCAAAAAGAACAAGAGAAGGGAAGGAGAAAAAAACAAAGAAAAAAAACAAAGGAUGUGCCUGGUUGCAAAUCAUAAUGCAUCAAAAAAAGACUUGUACGUUUUUAAAUUGAGAAAUGAUUUAUUUUCAUGGAUGUGUCUUUAGAACUUUAACAUGGUCUUGCUGUCGGUGCCAUAUAGAAAAAUAAAUAGCAAACCCACGAUGCCCUUCACAAAAUGGUCACCACUGCCUUGUGGAGGCAUUUAGGAAAUGGUUGAAGGGAAUGCUGGGAGAUUUGGCGUCACCUUUGACCUUUUUAAACAUGUUGGCUGGAGUUUUACUGUUCUCUAUUGCCAGGGAAGGAGAGUUGUGACUGGUCGAGUGGGACUCUGGCAAAUAGUAUAUAUUUUCUUUUUUUUUUGUUCUUCCACCUCUGGAGGCAGACACCACCGUUGGCGCUGUAGCCAUGUUGUGAACAACAAUAAAAACGACCGUGAGGAACAAACGUGCCCUUGUCUGUGUAUCAUGUUUUAGAGUUUAGACGUUUGUUCAUACCAGACUCCUCACCCACACUCAUUCUCUGGAAGAAACCAGUUGGUCAAGGUGUUCUGUCUGUCAGACAACACACACUUUGAUAUUAUGCAUUUGGUGUGCUAUAGGUGUUGUAUUCUACUUAGAUAAAUGUCCAGACAGAUGCUGACAUGCAUGCAUUUAAGUAGCUGCAACUCAGUGGAAAUAUAUCCAGAGACACUUCCACACAUGCAACCAUACAUUUACAUUUUAGUCAUUUAGCAGACGCUCUUAUCCAGAGCGACUUAGUUAGUGAGUGCAUACAUUUUUAUUUUUCAUGCUGGCCCCCCAUGGGAAUCGAACCCACAACCCUGGUGUUGCAAACGCCAUGCUCUACCAACUGAGCUACAUCCCUGCCAGCCAUUCCCUCCCCUACCCUGGACGACGCUGGGCCAAUUGUGCGCCGCCCCAUGGGUCUCCCGGUCGCGGCCGGCUACGACAGAGCCUGGAUUCGAACCAGGUUCUCUAGUGACACAGCUAACACUAUACCGUUAACAUUGCACAAACACAAGCCCCUACUUUUCUCGAUCCCAUUCACACUAAUCAAAAUCCAAUUUCCAGUGAAUGCGUGUCACUCACCACCCUUUCUUCAGAGGGUAAUUUGCUGACAGGUUCAAUCUCAUCGCCAAGUCAAUGUUUGCAUCACGUCCACAAUGUACGACCCCGGUCUGUGUUCAAGUCACAGGUUCCCUUCCAGCUGUAAACGGAACAUGGAGGCAGGCGUUUCUCACCGUUCAGGAAUUCUCCCCUAUAAUGACCUAUGGAAUCUGA